AUGGACGUCGACGCCUGUCUCGAGUCCAUAAAAGCCUGUAAAUAUCUUCCAGAAAAUGACAUGCGUCAACUGUGCAACAAGUUGAAGGAAAUUCUGGCCGAAGAGUCGACGGUAGUUCCUGUACGAGCCCCGGUUACUUUAUGUGGCGACAUUCACGGUCAAUACUAUGAUCUUGUCAAGUUGUUUGAAGUGGGCGGCGACGUACCUGAUACCUCAUACAUAUUCAUGGGCGAUUUUGUAGACCGUGGUCGAUAUUCCUUAGAAACGUUAACAUUAUUACUCUUGUUGAAAGUCAAAUAUCCAGAUAGAAUUACAUUAACACGAGGCAACCACGAAAGUCGUAAUGUGACGCGCGUUUAUGGAUUUUAUGAUGAGUGUCUUGCAAAAUAUCAAAGUUCAAAAGUCUGGGAAUGGUGCUGCACCGUCUUCGAUUACUUGCCUUUGGCUGCUCUCAUUGACGGAUCCAUUUUCUGUGUUCACGGAGGCUUAUCUCCGGAACUGCCAUCAGUAGACUCGAUUCGGACCUUGUUUCGUAUGCAAGAACUGCCGCAAACCGGAGGACCGUGCGAUCUGUUGUGGUCGGAUCCCGAGGCCCAAAUAGACAGUUGGGCCAUUAGUCCCCGUGGCGGAGGUUAUCUGUUUGGACACAUACCGACCGACGCAUUUUGCCAUAAUAAUGGUGUCAACUUGAUUGUACGAUCGCAUCAACUGGUGGAUGAGGGAUAUAAUUAUCCAUUUGCGGAAAAGAAUCUGGUGACGCUUUGGUCAGCACCCAAUUAUUGCUAUAGAUGUGGAAACAAAGCAGCUAUUCUCAAAGUGCCGGACGAUCGAACCGAAAUUGUGGAAAGCGACUAUCGAAUAUUCCUAGAAAAUGAUGUGCAAGGCGAUGCUACAUUGGCGGCGGCUCCUGGAAGCCAGUACUUUCUGUAA